GUAUAACACCGUUUUAUCAGCCUUGAAAUCAUGAGGGUCGUUGCUGUUACCUUGAUCGUCCUUCUUGUUGUUGGAGCGUUAAAGACUUCCAGCGGACAGGAGGAAGAAAACCAAGUGGCUCACGUUCGAGUUCGACGUGGUUUUGGCUGCCCCUUUAACCAAGGAGCGUGUCACAGGCACUGCCGAAGCAUCGGAAGACGCGGAGGUUACUGCGCGGGAUUUCUCAAGCAGACCUGUACGUGCUACAGGCGCUAG